GUUACAAUGUUCGUUUCUUAUUAGGAUAAACGUUAAUACUCUGGACAAGGCCGCUUACAGGGCGACAUUAAGUUAAGAGUGAAGUAUGUCUUCCCUUUAUGUAUCACCUUCAUCCAGAGAACACACCUUUGACCCUGUUGGGGUGAUUUUGAGCCAAGGUGGAUGUUUGACACAUGAUCAUGGGCCCAUGAUGGGACCUGAGCUCGGCAUGAUGGAGUUGUCAGAGGUUGAAUAUACAAACUUUCAGCACCUUAUCCAGGCACAUGUGGAGGCACACAUUACCCCUUUAGAUUUGCCUUAUGCCAAAUCUCAUCCAAGUGCUACAGUGAUGGUUAAAGACACCACUGGAUCCACAGCACAAUCCCCCUUAGCAACCACUCAAGCUAUUGACCUUUCGACUUCAACUGAUGACCACAGUCUGAUGCCAGGAGAAAAGACACCAGCUUCUUAUGGAGAGGUCCCAGGUUUUGUGCUGGCCAGAGUCAGAGGAGAAGACAGCCAGAGUGAACCUUACUCCAACAGCAGCUCAUUUUCACAGAAAAAAUCUGUAUCUGCUGCUAGAGUUUGUUUGGAGAAGAGGUUUAACACCAUGUCUGCUGACACCCCAAGACAUCAAGAUAUCAAGUCGGCAGUUCUUAGCAAUUUUCUGACAAUGCUGCAGCAGUCUGCUGAGGCUCAAGAUGCAGUCAAACACCCUCAAAUGCGGUUUGAUGUUUCCAGCCCAUUUGUUGGGGGUGUAUUUACCCCAAUACCCAACAUGUGUGAACAAGUGAUUGGCCAUAUUCCUCACAUGAUUGAACCUAAUAAGCACCAGGGUUUAAUCAUCCCAAAGAGUUUCUCGAUUAAUUUCUGCCCAGAGAGGGUUGGUACAAAAUCUCAGUUCACCGGUGGCUGCAACUCAACAGAGGACCAGCUGUUGUUCAACAUAGAAAAUGAUGUGGUGACACGUACUGCCUUCAGGAAGCUUGGUAGUACCCAAAGCUCUCAACCUACAAAGGUUGCUUCGACUGACCCAGACUUCGCCGGAAAAUCAGGGAGCAGCACUAGGAAAAGAGCUCGACCCCACAUGUCACAUAUCCAGCGCAGGGAGAGACACAACAUUAAGGAGAGGGAACGCAGGAAGAGGAUCCGUUUGUACUGUGAUGAGCUGAACAUGCUGGUGCCAUUCUGUGAGUCGGAUACAGACAAAGUCACCACCCUGCAGAUGACCACUGCCUUCCUUAAAUACAUCUAUAAAACAUAUGGAGACACCUUCAAAGAGGAGUUUCAGAGGGCUUUCACUGAGGGCAAAGAACACUUUCUGAAAUCCAGCCCUUCUUCAGGCAAGAACCCGAUCCAGCGGGAGAUGGACACGGUGCUGAGCAUCCCUCUUGGGGUAGAGCAAUGACCCUUUCCAUACUUGAUCUAAUCAGGGCUGGUUUUUUUCUGCAGCAUCUUAAGACAACACAUGAAUGAUUGUCAUGUCAUACAUACUGUAGGUGGCGCUGUUUCCCUUUGCAAACAGCAGAUAGUUCUGGAUGGACUAGAUUUUCAACUCUUCAGCGAUGAAUUUAGUUUAAACUAUCCGAGCACCUUUUCAUAUUCAACUGUAUUUUCAUUGAAUUAAUUUAAAUUUCUAAAUGUUCAUAGAGUAUGUUCAGUUCAGUUUUCUUGUCGACAUUUAUUCUUAAAUCAUAUAUUUAAAUGCACUUAAAAUUCAUCUGCUCCUAAUUUAAAGUUCUGUAAAUGAAUGGGAUAACUUGAUAUUCAUUUCUGUUAGCAUAUUCCUCUGACAUGCAGACUGUUCAUUUGAUGCAGAGAAGAGUAAUCCUUUACUGAAAAGUGGCUUUAUUUGUUCUUUCUUACAACAUGUCGCUGUAGCAUCUUACUGUACAUACAACAGUCACCCACAAAUAAUAAAUAGUAUUUAAGGUCAUGUAUAUUUAAUAGUUACAGCACCGGUAGUACAUAGUGGAUGUUGUCAUUGUAGAUUACCCAAAAAAAAAGACUGCUCCUAAGGUUCUUACAUUUAUUUUACAAUGUCUGAUUUAUGCAUCCACAAGUAUUGUUGUUGUUGAUUCUCAAAGCUAAAGAAUCAUUUAAAAAUACAAACAAAGAAGCUGUAGAAAAAAAAACAAGACUAUCAAAAGGUAAAAGUUUUUGCAUUAAUCUACACAAUUUCUGGGCACCUGGGUAUUUGUGUUUUUUUUAUUCCUUUUACAAUACACACACAGCUCCUUGACAGAGGUUGUUUUGCCUCUGCCACCUGUUUCCAUAUUUUACACUGUUAGCUUGAAUGUUGAGGUAACACCUGUGAUUGACAUGAAUGGGCAAUGAUACAUGCACAUUCACCUCAGAGCCAGUCACUGUUGUUUUUAGAGUCAUCUGCAGAACAUUUUUAACCAAGGUAAUGGGGGCAUGUACAAAGUUUGUAUACACAAAAGGACUCGUCGUUCUCUUCCAGUUGUCAAGUCUUGUUAUGUGAUACUGUAGUAUUUGGAGCAUUGCUGUUGUUCUCUGGGACUCUUCUUGGCCUCGGUCCACUUUGUUUCUGGAUGUCAUCUUGAUGUUUUGUCUCUCAGUUGCUCUGGUUUUCAUCUCACUCCUCGGAUGUUCCUCCUCUCAAAAUAUCACACCUGUUUGAUGUUACUCUUCCCAUCUUGUGAUAAAGUUAUUUUAAUAAAGAGGACAUUUUUUGUGA